AUGCCUCAAUUUGAGACCACAGUCAACACAAACGACGACACCACAAUCAUUUUUCCUUGGUCUGAUGUCGAGGACAGCCCCUCGUCGAAGACACGCGCCCAGCUUGAGUCGACUACUCCUGCUCAGCCAAACACUGGCACUGAAAUUGUCCCCGCUCAGGAUGCACAAGACUCUGCUGCUGCUGCCCCUGGACCACCUGGCCAACUUGAGACGAGGGGGAGGGGGAGGGGAGGACGGCUCGUGGCAAUGGGAGACCCCAACACAUUCACAUCGCCGCCGACGAUAAAGACGACAAUAUCGCUAAGAUCACUACUCAAAGGCCAAUGUGUGAUAAACUCAUCCUGA